AUGGCCCAAAUAAAUCCAUCCCGAUACUGGUCUUCGUCGUCGUUCGAAGAGGAUGUAAAUGAAAACGAAGAGGAUAACGUUGGUACAAACGCUUAUUUAUUUGAACCAGAAUAUAGAGAAGAAGAAGCUACAAAUACAGACGAAGACAUUGGCGUAGGCAUUCGUAGGCUUUUGAAUACCGAGUGGUGUUUGUGCACAAGGUGUGGCAUAAUGCCUACAAUGAAAGAGUCAAAAUGCUGCAUGGAAUAUAAACAAAUGCAAGACAAGAUGGUCCGUGCUGGUAUGCAAGGCAAUACAGACACAUUGCAUACAGAAAUCUGGUCCGCUUCUGCUAUGGCUAUUUAGGCAGACUCAAUAGUGUUACUCUACCAGCCUGUGCUGUGCUUAAGAUACGCAAGGCAUUUCCAAACCCAGAAGAAGAGGGUUACACAGGAUUCAAAUUAGGAAAGUUAGAAGAAAUAUAAUUAUAAAUUUUAUAGUGUAAAUUUCCACUGAUGAAUAUAACCGAGCAGCGGGUAACUAAACUUAAUUUCUUACUACUUGGUAUUCAAAGCAUAUGACGGUCUGCGCAAUGUCUUCGUCCGUAUUUGUAGCUGCUCCUGCUUCUCUAAAUUCAUUUGCAUCAUCUUCGAAUGGUAUAAAAUGGUA